ACACGUGACGAGCCCUGCUGAAGGCUUUUAGAGGAGGUUGCCUGUCCCCGGAGGAGUGUCACCCACGCCUCCCGGGAGGCAGGAGCACAGCAGCGCCUCUCCCGCUGCCCCUCGCCGCUGCCAUGGCCGGAGCAGCCGUGGGGAAAGCGGGGCCGGAGCCCGACAGCUCCGAGGAGGAGCUGGAAGCGAGGGAUGCACCCCAGGAGUGCUACAGGCAAGGUUUGUGGGUGUCCCAAGGCAGGGAAGCAGGCGGCAGCCAGGGGGACACGGAAGGGAUGAAGGUGAGGAAGAGGAGCAGGCCGGUGCGCUCCAAGGCCAGGAGGAUGGCUGCCAACGUCAGAGAGCGAAAGAGGAUUCUGGACUACAACCAAGCCUUCAACGCCCUGCGGCUGGCCCUCAGGCACGACCUCGGCGGCAAAAGGCUUUCCAAAAUCGCCACCCUCCGGCGAGCCAUCAACAGGAUCGCGGCGCUGUCGCUGUCCCUGCGCGGGCGCUGCUGGCCCUGUGCCCACUCCGAAUGCCGCGCCCGGGCCGGGGUCCCAGCGCAGGAGCCGGGGCUGAGGAGCAGCCGCCCCCCGCUGCCCUGGGAGCCCCUUUCUGCCGGGACACGGCGCCCUCCGUCCCCUCCGUGCGCGGCGUUUCCCCCGCAGAGGCAGCUCCAUCCCUACGAGAGCCCGCAGGAGAAUCCCCCCGUGCCCAGCCGCGCCUGCUGCUCCGGCGGGCUCCAGCAGCGAUCCACGGGCAGCCUGGCAGAGCCCCUGGCCGGGGCUGUGCCCUGGCAGCCGGGCUGCUGCCAGGGCUGGGGACAGCAGCGCAGCCUCCCCACGCACUGAGCGGCGGGGCCGGGAAGGGGACGGAGCCGUGGGACACACGGGGGGAGCUGGGCGAGGGAGGGGAGCGCUGCUGGAUGUGCAGCUCGGGCUCAGAGAGCCCCCGACACGCUGUACAGGACCCUGCUGCGUGCCUCCCCUCUGCGGGAGAACUGCGGGAAGGUGGGAAAUCCUCUGGAAGCGCCAACUCGGUUCCUUGCCGCGAGGUCUCGCUGCUGCUGCUGAUCUCCGCUGUUAUUUAUUCUCUCUUGCUUGCUCUGCGAGAAAACACGAGUUCCAAAGCCAGCAGCAGGGCAGUGGCUGUUGAUGUGUGUGGGAUGGACAGAUGGGCCGUGGGGAUCACGCUAAAGCCCCCGGCUGGCGGGUGCCGCCGGUGAAGGAGGGGAGCAGGAGCAGGGAAAGGUUACUGCCCUGGCACUUUUGACGCUAAGCUCAUUGGUACAGACGUUUGUGCCUGGCAGAUUUGCGAGGCCGGGAGGGGA